AAUUGAAUAAACUACAACAAAUAAUCAACAAAAAUAAUUAAAAAGGAAAUGUAGAUGAAUAGUAAAAGUGAGCUGUGUAUAAAAGAGCAAUGACAAUUGUUUAAACAACACGAUACAUAAUCUUUUAUUACUUGACAAUUUUAAAACAACACUGAGGGUAUUUUGAUAUGUGCAGUUUUUAAUGCUUACAUUCACAAAAUGUUUUCAGCCACAUACUGUGUGUAAUAUAAACAAACCUUGAAUCAAUAUAUACUGGUAUUUGCGUCAGCAGCUAUUAAAACAAUGAAGCCAGAGAAUAUCGUUAUAAUGAAACGAGCAAUCCUAGUAACCGGUGGUGCUGGGUACGUGGGCUCACAUACCGUCGCAGCACUCCUAGAAAAACCUGACACAGAUAUAGAGGUCGUUGUAGUUGACAAUCUGACGAACGCGCAUAAAUCUGAAGGGCAGAAGAAACCAGAUGCAAUAAAUAUUAUAGAAGAUUUAACUGGGAAAACGAUACAUUUCUAUGAUGUUGAUAUCAGAGAUGCGACAGCUUUACGGGAAGUUUUUGAAAAGCACGACAUAGAGUGUGUGAUCCACUUCGCGGCACUGAAAGCGGUGGGAGAGUCUGUACAGAAACCGCUGGAGUACUACCAGGCCAACAUCACUGGAACGUGCACACUUUUUGAUGUAAUGCGUGAAUUCGGCGUGUACAAAUUAGUGUACAGUUCGUCGUGUACAGUGUACGGGGAGCCGGAGUCGCUGCCGCUGGGGGAGGGGCACCCCACGGGGCGCGGCCUCGCCAGCCCCUACGGCAAGUCGAAAUACUUCUGCGAGGAAAUCAUGAAGGACAUCUGCAGGAGUGACAGGAAAUGGUCUGUGAUAUCUCUGCGAUACUUCAACCCUGUGGGGGCGCACCGCAGCGGCCGCAUCGGGGAGGACCCCGCCGGCGUGCCCAACAACCUCAUGCCAUUCAUUGCCAAGGUAGCAGUAGGCCGUCUGAAGGAACUGCAAGUGUUUGGAGCUGACUACCCCACAGUGGACGGAACUGGUGUCCGCGACUACAUCCAUGUGGAGGACCUCGCGGAAGGUCACGUUAAAGCCAUCAAACUGUUCAAUCAGACUGGUUUUAAUGGAUUCCAUGCUGUUAAUUUAGGCACAGGUACUGGUUAUUCAGUACUACAGAUGGUAAAAGCAUUCGAAGAGGCCAGUGGUAAGAAAAUACCUUACAAAAUAGUAGCCAGGCGAGAGGGAGACAUCGCCGCCAACUACGCGGACGUCUCGCUCUCGCACAGGCUGCUCGGCUGGCGUGCGACGAGGACGCUGCGAGAUAUGUGCGCGGACACUUGGCGCUGGCAAAGCAACCACCCAGAUGGAUAUAAAUCUACAUAAUUGUAUGUAAAAAUUAUAUUCUAUAUAACAAAGAUGUCGCAGAGGUUCCUAAACUGUUUUUUCUCGUGGGUUAAAUUCAUUUUUUUUUUCAUUUGAAGGAAUCUUUAUAACCAUUUAUUAAACUUUGAUACACAAACAUUCCCAGGGAAGGAUGCCCAGAGCAAACAAGUUUGGAAAUCUCUGCUUUAAAGGACGAAAGGCAUUUAGUUUUGAAAUUAUGAAUCCAAUAGUCUAUGGUAUGUUUUAUCUGUGGUUCAUGAUUUGUGGCUCACAUAAUCUAUGACGAGGUCAAAGAGUUAAAAUUUAUAAUACCUAUUUUGCAAAUACAAAUAGUUAAAUAAUAAUAGUACGAUGUAGGUAGAAGAUGAUGAAUUGACAUUAUACAGAAUGUAGUUUUUUAGGGAAAUCUAUAACCCCUUAGGGGUUAUAGUUAAGGUCAGGAAAUAGACGAAUUAAAUCCUUGUUUGACCAGCUAAAUAUUCUAGUGAUUAAAAUUUAUGUUACCAUUAUUUUCUAAAAGCCAUAUAAUUAUAUUGUAUUUUUAAUUUUAAACAGCGUUCCU